AUGGCGUUCAGCAUGGGCGCGAACUCUGCGGGGAGCACUGUUGCAGAGUUGGGCCCUGAACUUCCAGAUGUUUAUGCGGAGGAGGUCGGUUUCAAAGGCGUUUCUGGCGAUAGCAACGUCCAAUUCCUCCCUACGCCCUGGCCUACCGACGCGCUUCCUGCCCCAACCUCCACUUUACUCGCCGUUGCAGCAACAAAAGGCAUAGCAGUCGGAGCGGGUCCAAACUCUCUGUCUGUUGCGUCUACCGAAGCCGUAAGGGCGGCAAUAUCUGCCGACGGUGGGAAGGACAAAGUCAAGACAAAGUCGUUUCAACCACAAACAACCAUCGCGCUUCCCGGGAGGCCUACGCACAUAGCCUUCGCAUCUGGUGAUAGUGCAUUAGUACUCGCCACCGAGAACGGAUCUCAGCUUUCUGUUUUUGAGACAGGAAGUCUACUACAACCAAAUGCGCAACCAGCAAUAUCCAUUCCUACCAAUGGUGCCACUUUCCGAACUGUUUGCCCCAAUCCAGCGCAGGCCGAAGAUUCCCAUUCAUCCCUCGUAGCUCUUGUUACAACUUCCGGUGAACUACUGAUUGCGGACCUCAAGGCCGGGAACCUCGUUGCGGGACCGCAAGGGAACAUCUUGAAAACCGAUGUUAGCUCUGUUUGUUGGAGUAAUAAAGGAAAGCAACUUGUAGCUGGUCUGGUGGAUGGAUCUGGCUAUCAGAUGACGCCAGAGGGCGCCCAGAAGGAUACCAUCCCCAAGCCACCCGACCUCGCGGAGCCCUGCCACGUGUCAUCCAUCGCAUGGCUUGAGAAUGAUGUUUUCCUAAUGGUUUACACUCCAAAUGCUGCCGAAGACGACAUGGGGAUGACACCCUCGUCAUCGUAUUAUAUUAUCACCAGAAAAAAGCAGGCUCCUUUCGUGAUACAGAAACUACCCGAGCUGACCAGUCCUUUUGGUUAUAAACGCGCACCUGCUUAUCAGUUCAUUGCGCGGCUCCGCUCCUACAAGCCGCACCUAUCUGACGCCUUGAUUGUGUCAUCAACGGCUUCUGCGGAUGUUGGACUAAUUACGAGGGCAGAUCAACCGCUGGCAAGUGACGAUAGCGCUAAGGCUACCGUGGGGCUAUUCACGACGACAGAAUUGAAUGAUGAUGCGAAGAAGGCUUCUGUCCCUUUGAAAGAUUCAAUCGAUGAGACCUCGGUGAUAGGUUUAGCACUCGAUCUCUCUAGCACAGAGUCUGUGAUAUCUCCCAUUCCAGGGGAGGAUAUCAAUGAGAGCUCAACUCCCUUGCCAAACCUGCUUCUACUGAAUCAUGAGGGCAUCUUAUGUUCUUGGUGGUUCAUAUAUUCCGAUGCGGUCCGCCAGAAUAUCCCAUACGAUGGCUUAGCCUCCGUCAAGCCGCAACAACAGCAACAGACCACGUUACAACCGCAGCCAGUCCAACCUCAGCCUACGGCGCAGCCAUCUUUCGGACAGCCUGCAUUCGGUAGCCCAGCUACCCUAGGAGCAUCCACUUUUGGCUCUACAGGUUUCGGGAAACCCUCUACCGCACCUGCCUUUGGGAGUCCGUCAGCCCUGGGAACAUCCCAGCAACCCAGUUUUGGAAAAACAUCUGCGGCACCUGCUUUUGGGAGUCCGUCGGCUCUGGGUGCUUCGCAGUCAAAGUCUUCCUUUGGUACGCCUGCGUUUGGUGCCCCCGCUGCAUUAGGGCCGGGUGCACCGCAGUUUGGUAAAUCUACUUUUGGACAGCCAUCGACGCCAGGAAAAUCGCUUGGCUCACUGCCAUUUGGGACGAGUGGUGCUAGCUCUGGAGGCGGCUUUGGCUCGUUCGCAAAUGCGGGCGGCGCGGGCGGCUUCGCCAGCCUGGCCACCUCAAAACAGUCUGAAAGCUCACCCUUUGGCAAAAUGCCCGCCGAAAGCCCUUUCGGAAAACCUUCUGGUACGUCAGCAUUUGGUGCUCAGUCCGAUAGCAGCACUUUCACGUCUCAGAAGACGGAAGAACCAAAGGCAGCUUUCGGCAUGGGGUCUAGCAGCUUCGUCUUGGGAUCGACCUUCAAGGGAGAUGGCACUGCCGUUAACGACGCGCCCAAACCGGAUAAGCCUUCUGGAAUGUUUUCAGCGCUUGGGUCAUCGAUCGACGAUAUGGUGUCGACGCCUAACAAGGCCAGCCCGCCCACAGAAGCUAUGGAUGACACUGAAGACUCGAAUUCUCCUGGCCAGGAGCCCCCUGAGGCCAAAGAACCCGCACCAUCCUUGUUCGGUGCCCCAUCGAAGUCCGCCCCUGGGUCUUCGGUCUUUGGCUCUCUCGGGUCUCAAACCCAAACCCAGCAACCGUUUGGCUCAACUCAAACGAACAAGUCACCAUUUUCACUAUUGGGCAAUACCACCACUGAAAACCAAGCACCAAGCCCUCCGUCAGCCCCAUCGGAGAAGACUGCAAUCGCUAGCCCCCCUUUAACGCUAGCCAAAUCACCAGAGCCAGAACCGCCCCUCCCUCCUGACUCCACAAGUAGGGCCGUUUACGGACCAGGUGAUACAUCCGCAUCAUCAAAUGUUUCCAAGAGUUCUGUUGAUGACGCACCUUUACCACCUGAUUUCACCUCGCGGCCGAAGUCUCCCGAACCCCAAAGCGAACUGCCUUUACCACCGGACUUUACCACUCUGAAACCAAAAUCGGAGGAGCCCGAGGCUGCAGAGGAAGCUCCACUGCCUCCCAAUUUCGCAAAAACCAGUGUACCGUCCGCGAAAGAGCCGCCUCCGAUUCUCGAUGACUCGGAUGCAGAUGAAUCAGAGAAAGGGCCUCAGGAUGAUGAUGAGUCUGGAUUUGAGGACAGUGGGGAAGAUAUUACCCAUGAAAUCAGCCAGCCUGAAACCGAAGGGCCAAGCGUCAAAUCGUCACAGGAGAGUUCUUUCGAUGUCAAACAAGAAGAUGAAAGUCCAGCUGAAGGAUUGUUUGGCAACCAGCUUUCACGGCAACAGCCGCGACAGUUGUUUGGUGAAAUAAGCAAGCCCCUGUUUCCACCAGCGCAGACCCGUGAACUUCCAAGGUCACCUAGCCCUGUACGACCUGCUCGCACUCAACAAGGUCUUCCGAAACUUGAGAAUCUCAGGUCGGUCAGUGCUCCUCACAAACCGGGAAGCGCUCUUGCAGCUCGCAAGGCCUCUCUCACUGAACUAGCCAAGCGCGAGACUCAGCUAAAACCGGAGCCCAGCCGUGCACGGGAGCCGCGUCCUCAGCUGUCUAUUCAAGCACAGGAAGAAGCCCUGUCAGAUGAUGAGGAUGAAAGACUUCGCGCGGAUCUCAGUCGACCUCUGGAACCUGUCCCUACACUUGAUCCUUUCCUACCCCACCAAGAUUACACGGGUCAAACCGCGAAGCCCGGCAUUCCUGGUCAGAUUGAAAGGCUCUACCGGGACAUCAACUCUAUGGUUGACACCCUUGGCAUUAAUGCGCGGUCAUUGUCUUCUUUCCUCCUAUAUCAACAAGAAUCGACGAACUCCGAUUGGGUUAGCACUUUAAUGGGUGACAGUCCCGCCGAUAUUCUAGAUGAGAAACACCGUCUUCGACAAAUUGAGGAUUUGGAUGAUACUGUUGCUAUUCUCAGGGAUUCACUAGAAGAACAACGGGUACAAGGCGUUAAAGAAAAACUGGAAAGCUGUAGAGAAAUGCUAAGCAAAGAAAUUCUCACCCUUCGCAGUCAGUGUGCAAGUAUCAGAAAGACUCUCGAUGCACACACUGAUGCUGCUGCAAUCGUUUCUGCGCCUCUUUCUGCCGAGCAGGCGAACCUCCAGCAAGAUCUUCGCACCUCGUCAGCCGAAAUCCAAACCAAAUUGGUAGACCUAGAGUCUGCGGUGUCUCUUCUACGAGCUAAGAUUGCCGAUGCCCCGCGCGCCGAUGGGUCGCGGCCGACAACAAGGCGACCAACAGUUGAGGCUGUCACAUCGACCAUCGCUACGAUGAUGAACAUGGUCGAAAACAAAAGCGGCGAUAUCGACGUUUUAGAAGUCCAAAUGAAAAAGCUCGGCUUUGAUACCUCGGUGACACCCACCAGCCGAGAGGGGUCUCCUUUCACGACACCUAGAAAGGGACUUGGAAAACUCCCCGCUACUCCUGGAUCUCGUGGGACUAUGGACGACCCGAUCAGUCUAUAUCACACGCCAGAUUCUGCUGCCCGCGGAAACUUCCGGUCGAGUGUCAAUGGGUCGGCAAAAGCAAGCAGGCUUCGAACUAUGGAAGCCGUCGGCGAUGUUGGUAGCAAAAGAGAGGUCGCACAAUGGAAGGCCAAAAUUCAGCGAAAACAACAUAUAAUGGGGAGCCUAAAAAAGGCCAUUGGGGAAAAGAAAACGAAGGUUCGGAGCGUGGAUGAUCAAUAG